AUGGAUUUGAUUUUAGCAACAUGGAACGUUAGAACACUUAAAAGACCAGGAGCACUACAUGCAUUGAAACGACAGUUGGAACUUUACAGGGUUGAAAUUGCUGAAAUUCAGGAGAUGAGAUGGCCAGGGAACGGAAUUUUGGAGAGUGGAGACUGGACCGUGUUCUUUAGUGGUAGUAAUGAUGGAAGUGGAAUGGCUGGUACUGGAUUUCUGGUCAAUAGGAAAAGGAAAGAAGCAGUAAUCGGUUUCAAACCAGUGAAUGAGAGAAUCAGCACUCUAAGAUUAAGAUCUCAAUUCUUCAACAUCACAUUAGUAUGCGUAUAUGCUCCAACAGAGGAUGCGGAUGAAGAGGAGAAGGAGAGAUUCUAUGAGAAGUUGGAGGAAGUAGUUGACGAAAUAGCGCAUCAUGAUGUGAAAAUCCUCCUGGGAGACCUGAACGCAAAAAUAGGUAGAGAAGAGAGAUUUCAGAGUGUGAUAGGGAAAGAGAGCUUACACAGUGAAAGUAAUGAUAACGGGAGGCGAGUGAUAGAUCUUGCUGUAAGAAAGGAUAUGAUUAUAAGUAGCACCCAGAAACAGCGAAAAAACAUCAAAAAAGCUACCUGGUGUUCACCGGACGGGGUCACAUCAAAUCAAAUAGAUCAUAUUUUGAUCGAUAAAAGACACUGUACUGAUAUAACAAAUGUGGAAAGCUGUAGAGGGGCUGAUAUAAACUCAGACCACUAUAUGGUCAGGAUUGGUUGUAGACAGCGUAUCGCAGUGACAAACAAUAAGAGAGCAAAAACGCAAGCUCGUUUUGAUGUGGCAAAACUGAAAGAAGAGGCGGUGUCACACAGAUAUGAGGAAUGCUUGAAGAACUAUCUGGAACAGAAAGAGGAUGCAUGGAACACUGAGGGAGUAGAAGGGAAAUGGAGUAUUCUGAAGGAAAGUGUGAUUGGAGCUGCAAGGGAAGUUGUUGGCUCUAGAAAGAAGGAAAUUCAGGCUCGCUGGUUUGAUGAAGAAUGCAUAACUGCAAUUGAAAGACGAAAUAGGGCCAGAAUGAAAAUGAUCCAGAGAAAAACACGGGGAACUGUGGAAGAUUAUAGAUCAGAAAGGAGGAUAGCGGAUAAGUUAUGUAGAAGAAAGAAAAGAGCAUAUGAGAAGCAGCAGUUGGAGAGUAUAGAAGAGCAUUAUGGCAGAGGAGAGAUGAGAAAGUUUUACAAAAAAAUAAGAGAAGAUAAGAAAGGGUUUCAACCCAGGGCAGUGUACUGCAAGGAUAAAUUAGGAAAUAUGAUAGGAGAUGAACAAGGAAUAAAGAGGAGAUGGAGAGAACACUUUGAUGAAGUCUUGAACCAUGGCCAACAAGAAACUGAAACUGCUUAUGAUGAUGUGAGAACGGUACAAGAGGAAGUGGGUAGACCAAUGCCUUAUGAGGUGAAAGAGGCUAUCAAAGAUCUUGCAAACAAUAAGGCCCCUGGGUUAGAUCUAAUAACGGCAGAACUUGUUAAAAAAGGAGGGGACAUGUUUGUACAGAGGAUGCAUGCUCUAAUCAAUGAAAUAUGGUUAGAAGAAAAAAUGCCAGAAGAAUGGAGCAUUGGUAUAAUUUGUCCAGUUCAUAAAAAGGGGGACAAAAUGGAGUGCCGAAACUACAGAGGAAUCACCCUACUGAGUAUUCUGUUCAAAGUCUUUGCCAAAAUUCUAGCAAAAAGGAUGACGCCAUUGAUAGAAUGUAAUAUUGGAGAGUAUCAAUGUGGUUACCGGCCAGGAAGAUCAACAGUCGACCAUAUCUUCACAAUCAGGCAAAUUCUGGAAAAAUGCUAUGAGUUUGAUGUCAACAGAUAUAUAUUGAUUUCCAACAGGCAUAUGACACUAUCAGUAGGGUGA